GCGUCAGGCACUUCCUUCUUCCUCCUUUCCUCCCUAGUUGAGGACUUGCGAAAACUUGCUGUGCCUGCUGUCUGAAACGAAGACACGUUGCUUGAUUCUCUUAAUAAUCUUUUCCAGAGGACUCCCAUUUCAGUUAGGAAGUAGUCAAACAGAAAAAAGCCAUCACACUCACGGAGGUGGAAGCAUACCGGAACCAUCUGAACUCACGUGGACUACAGAAGCUGACAGUAGAACAUAUUUCAAAUGGCCUCCUCUGUGAAACAAGAACUGACACCUGCAGUGGAUCAAAACCAUAAAAAACACUCUCUCAAAUUCAUAGACAUAAAUGAAAAGGGGAUGAUGCAUACCUGCAACAAGCCUUGUACUGUGUUUGAGGUGCUUAAACGAAACAAAAUGUGCUCGAAAAAGAACUUCUGCCUUUUCUUCCGGAAAGAGGACAAAAAUAUAGCUAUACCCCUUCACUUCCCAUGCUGGUUAAUUGAAGAAGAGGUGACCAUAAAGAAUCUCCCUGGAAAUAAAUAUGAAAAUUCACACCCAAAUACCAUACAGCAUGUCAAGCAAAAAGAGACAUUUAUCUUCUUUAUUGAAAGAAAAGGGGGGAAAAACUGUGCUUCAAAAAUAUUUUUGGACUGCAAAAAAGUUGACAACAGCUGUUCCUUUCUCUGUGUAUAUGCAUUUAGUGGAGAAACUAUAAUGGAGGCUUUGGAAAGAGAUGGACGAUUUUUACCAGAUAUGUUAAAGAAUUUCUCUAGUCUCUAUAUGAAUAGAGAUAAAAAGUCAGUUCCGAUAUCUGAAGAAGUAACAGAAGAUUUUCAUGAAAUGUACUUUAAAGUGGAAAUGCCAAGAGAUAUCAAGCGGCCACAUUUAUGUAUAAAAGAGGAAAACAGCCAUCUACAGGACAAUCAGGACACAUCCUCUGCUGAGACAAAGAAAAGUUUAUCUAUGUGUAGUACUGAUGUUCAUGCUAAGAACUCCUCUACAGAUAACUGUCAGUCUAAAGCAGGCCAGGACACAAAACGACAGAAAAAAAAGAAGAAGAACCCUGCCUCACAGAGGACGUUGUAUGAAAUACCAGAUUCAGAAGAAGUGCUGGAAAUCCUCCGCUCCCAGUUUGAAGCUCUUGUCAAUCAAAUGAAGAGUAGGUAUAAAAAACGGACACCUCAAGUGUUGGAACUUCUGAAAAAAAAAUUUGGAAAAAAUACACAAGGCUUCACCAAAGUGAACACAAUCAAGCGACUAAUGAAAAUGAGUGAUUCUGUCUGUAAAAUUAGAACUCAGAAAAUGAUAGGAACUGGCUUCUUAUUUUUUUGUAAUUUCAUACUGACAAAUCAACAUGUGAUCAAUGACUGUCAGGAGGAAUAUAUUGAAGUAAUAUUUAAUCAUGAGGAUCAUGACAAACAGGACCAAAUCCAUAAGGUAAAGAAGAUCGUUGCUUGCUGUCACGGUGAGGAUCAAUUCAAACGACACCUGGAUUAUGCUUUACUGGAGUUGGAUGCACCAAUGCUGUCACAGCCUCGACUUCUCGCUGCAUACAAAGAUUUCCCAAAGAGUGGAGGGCUCUGCCUCAUUGGUCACCCACAGGGGGGAGAAAAAAUGAUGGAUCCUACUUCCAUCAUUGAAUUUGAAAAAAGAGGUGACGCUGUAGACAAGCAUGAAAAUUAUCUGACAUUCAUUCAGUAUUUCAGAAAUGAAAACAAGCUGGAAGACUUCAAAACCUUUAUCAACACAAUAAAGCAGAAUGAAAAUUUAGUUACAUACAACACCUGUUUCUAUGAAGGCUCCUCAGGCUCACCUGUGUUGACUGAAGACUCUGGGAUAGUAGCAAUGCACACUGGGGGAUUCACUUAUGAGCAUGGAAAACAAGAAAGCGUGAUUGAAUAUGCUAUUCCGUUGGAACCAAUAUUAGAGGACCUUAUAUCCAAGAUAGUAGAACAAGGACAGCAUAACGUUCUGUUCAGGUUUCUUAUGGAAGCUGUAAACUGUAAUUCUCUGAAGUCCUUCAUAGAAAGAUUUGUCAAUCAAUUAGUCCAGGAGUUUGAACCACGUUUUGAAAAUGUUGCAACCGUUGUUAUAGACGUGCUCAAGAAAAGAGAUGACUUCUCAGAGCUCAGAAAGAAACUUGAGGACCAUCUGGCACAGAAAAACAUAUCCAAUAAUGCCACACAAAGUGUCAGCCAUUCAGAAAGCAAUGAAGAAAUGGAGGUGGAGGAAUCCACCAUUUAAAAAUCUGCAGAGACUUCCCAGUUCUGGAUUUUUUUUUUUUUUUAAAAAUCAAUUUUGGUAAUUAUUUUCCUUUGUCCUUGCAGAUUAGGUUUUCAUCACCCCCUUAGAAUGUUUGAAACAUUGGAAACUUCCUUUUUAUUAAAAAAAAAAAAGAAGACUUUAAUCUGAAUAUCUUCUACAUAAAUCAAAACUGACCUGGAAUAUUCCACCAAUCAGUUUUCUUAUGCUUGUCCUGGAGAGGGUUGCAGUGGAAGCAGGCUAAUUAAAGCAGUAGUAGACUUUUCUUUCCUGUUCUCAUUUUCUUAUUUUGGCCACUUGUAUCAGCAAACUCAUUCAUUGAGUCAUUACCUGAAACUCGCACCAGAGGUGUGGAUGGGUGUAUAGAUGAAGCAGUAAACUAGGAACCUUGUCUGAAGACUCAGCAGCCACUUCACCACACAAGAUAUGUGCACUGACUGUCAUAUUCCAUCCACCACUGCAACCUUACCUCUAUGGAGACCUCGUACCAACUUAGUGACUUCAGGAAUAUGAUUGAGGAGGUUCUCAAGAGUGUUUCCUCCACUGCUCAACAGUCUCCCCAGCAGUGGUUAGGACUUCUCCAUGCUUGCUUAACACAGCCUGGACAGUCAUGCCUUCCCCUUCUAAAGUACCAAAUGAUUUUCCAGAACAAAUUUUGAAACCACCACACAAUCUUUAUCCAAACUCCUCAUGCCCAUGUGUGACCCUCUUGUCCUGCUGGUAUCUCUCAGCCAAUCAAGACAUGACUCCUGAAAAUGUUGCCUGAAAGGCCUUUUCUUCCAUUUAACAGCUUCCAUCUCUGCUGGUAUCCACCAGAAGGUCCUAGGAUUGCUACUUUGGGAAAUACCACCUGCUCCCAAGCCGUUGCCUUUAACAGCCAUGUCCAUGGCAGAGGUCUUGAAUAUGGACCUUUGUCACUCAUUGUCCACAUCCUCUCUUAUGAAAAUAGAGAAACUCUCUCAGUGGUGGGAGCCUGAAUUAUCUUUCAAGGAGCUAUAUGCCAUUCGUUCACAGAAACCCCACACAGAGCAUUUGGAUCUUUCUGGAGUUCUGUCUGGUUGGCACUUAUGUUGAACCUACCUCACCAGAAAGUGGUAAUAAGUUGACAGCUCCGUCCUCACGUCACGUAAGUACCCAGAAGAUAAAACCUCAAGUCGGACGACACAACCACCAAGUCAACGAUUGAUUUUUGGCCCUCUGGUACCAUGGAACACUUAUUAGCCUCCUUGUAUUUGAACAUGAUCUUUGUAAUUGACCGGCUGUCACUGCUCAGGUUCAAAUGAUGUGGGUUGUAUCUCUCACUUUUAUUAUUUUGUAUGUUUUCAGUGUUACAGAAUGCAAUUAUUGGUAUUAUAUCAUUUACUAGAAAUACUUCAAUGCUGACUGCCUAAAAGGGUGUUUAUUUGAAAUCUGUUUGAGAGAUAUUUUAUUUGAUAGGCAUUUUAUUUGAAAGGUGUUUGAUUCUAUUUGAAACUAAGAAAUGACAAAUGGGUGAAAUGUAUAUACACUUCUAUUAUUUUGUUUGUUUUAGUGUAACAAGACCAACUCCUAGAAAAAGACAAUCUAUAAAAGAUGCUUUGAUGCUGACUGUUUAAUAAAGUGUUUAUUUGCAAAAAAAA